AUGCCUACACGCCAGAAACCGCCAGCACGUCACUUCUAUAUCUCAAUCGUCUUUGCGCUUUCUGUUUUCAUUUCUUUCUUCCUGUUGGACCACAUUUGCCCUUUUCCCGAAUCCGUAAUAUCCGGGGAUCCCUGGUGGAAAGUUAAUCCCUUGGUUGUUAUCGUUACGGUCAUCGAUGAUAACGGUUUCUCUCCGAACCAGAGAAGAUUUUCGAGUUCAGCGGGCUCAAUCAGGAACGGUACGUUGAGAGGCGAGACCGUUGGCAGAGUUGCUUCGAAAAAAAGUUUCAAUGUUACGAAGAGGGCCUUGGAGAAUAAAAAGAGAUAUGCCAACUUGCAUGGAUACGAACUUGCCGUCAAAAGUGUUAAAGAUUGGACGAGGUCGACGUCUUGGGCGAAAACGACCGCUCUUUUGGAGGCAAUGGACGAAUUCCCUUCGUCAUAUUGGUUAUGGUUCAUGGAUUCAAUGUUGAUUGGACAUGACUGUCAUGGUCUUAAUGCAGACUCAUUUCUCAUCAGGAAUAGCGAGUGGUCAAGAAAUUUCCUUAGAACCAUUCACAAUCCGGAAUUUUUUGAAAGGUUCGAAGAGGAAAGGAUUGUCAUGCAGAUGUUGAUUGACUACGAGACCAUCGAGGCCGAUGAUAAGAUUCAUUUCGUUCCUUUCGUGAAAUGGAGCGCAGAGGAUCAAGCGUCAUUGGGUAAGACGUUAAGAAACUGUGUGGAGCACAUUAGAUUUCACAACAUGGAUGCCGGUGAAUUUCGUGACAAGGUAGCACCUUUCAAAGAGGUUCUCGGCACGGAGUAUGAGAGGAUCUCGGGUUACUUUUCCGAGUCGUUUGGGAAGAACACAAAUGCGGCAGCCAUGAUUGCAAGUUGGAUUGAUCGCAAGGAUUUGGCGACCAAUCAGGAGACGGGUGGAAGCGGACUGAAUGAGGAUCACUCGUUUCAACCAUACUCCGCCUCGGAAAUUCCGUAUAGAUUUUGUUUAUUGGUGAGGGGUAGUAGCGAUGGAUUUAGCGCAAAAACAUUUCACUCCAAGUGUGACGGGAGGCGGAGCACCGUCACCUUAUUCAAACUUCAGGAUCACGAUAUCUUUGUGGGCGGUUAUAAUCCGGGCGUCUGGGAUGGCAACACCAGUAGCCUGAAUACCACCAACCAAGGUAAAAUAGGGAGACUGAUCAGUGCCGAAAGCUGCGAGUAUGCAUUGAACUGUUGGAGAUCCAAUGGUCCAUCGUUUGGAAAUUUGGAUUUACUGAUGCAUGGUCGGAAGCUCACAUUCAAGCAUAAGACAUAUAUGCCAAAUGUGAUGCCCUUUGAUGACGAGAUUAUUGUGAUCGAAGAUUAUGAGGUGUUUGAGGUUGUGGAAAAGGUGAAGGGGGGUGGAAAGGAUGCCGAGAGCAUCGAGAAGUGA